AUGGAUGAGGUGGUGUUCUACAUCUCCCAAGGGGACCAAUCCGACUCGAAAAAGCCCUCGGAGUCGUUCGCUCACAUCGCUUCCAUACAUUCCUCGAAACAAUACGAGUCAUUCAGACAUGCAUCAUCGCCACUAAACGGCACGAGUCUCACAGGUAUAGGCUCCGGCGAACGAGUAUUCACAUGUGACUCGAAAAAGGCGCUCAUCAACGUGUAUGCGUAUGGAAAAGAAGGCAUCGACCAGAAAAUACCCGUGCCCGAGGCCCUCACGACGUUGCACAUUGUGCAUCACCCUGAAACUUUAAACAACACUGCGACACACGCCAAGCCGAGUUAUCGUGUGCCGUGGUUGCUCUGCGGUGGCUCGAAACUGGGGAAGUUGUACAUCUGGGAACUAGCCUCGGGCGACUUGUUAUGUGUCAAGGAGGCGCAUUAUCUGGGCAUCACCAAGAUCGAAUCGAGCUCAUGCAGGAGCUUUUUGGUUACUGGUGGCGAAGAUGCGCGGGUGCUCGUAUGGAACUUGAGCGACUUGAUUGGGAUAUACGGCAGCAGGAACGUUGGCGACGAGAGUAACGGCAGUCAUCACAAGUUGAUCAGGCCCUAUUGGAGCAUUUCAGACAACACCUUGGCUGUGACUGAUGUCUCGAUGAAUACAGUGGGGAACUUGUACGAUUUGAAACUAUAUACUACGUCGAAGGACUCCACGGUGCGGAUCUACGACAUGGCUGCCAAGCAGCAGUUGACCACUUUCAUCUUGCCCGAACCUGUCGAGUGCCUUGCGCGAGAUCCCGCGAAUCGGCAGCUUUACGUUGGGUUAUCGAGCGGGUUGAUCAAAGUUGUUCCCUUGUACAAAUUCAACCUGCGCACCUCGGUGUUUGAAGCCGUUGGUGGAUUGAAUAAGAUCGUCACUGUGGACGCGGUGGACCCCAAUUUGUUGAUAACGUUUGUCCAGCACGAGGGCAAGACAGUUUGUCAACUUUGCAUCUCCAUGGAUGGAACAAGUCUUGUCUCGGGCGACGAUUCAGGACGGGUAUUUGUCUCGGACAUUGUCACUAAACAAACCAUCAAGAGUUUCCCCGAGUUGACUUUUCCAAUCUCCGAUUUAUCCAUCCACACGGUUCCCACAGAUGUGUUGGUCAACGACAAGGCGAGAAUAGACAAAAAGCAUAGCAUGAUUCCUCCGUUGAAGAGGGUUUUGACUAGUGAAGACCCUGCAGAUCACGUUUUAUUCAUGGAUACACCGCAGCGGCUUGAUCUCGGCGAGAGCAAAGUAGAUGGUUUGAGUUUAUGGUUGGAAAAGAAACGAGCUGAAGAGUUGCAGUUUAAGAAUUUAUCCGAUGUCAACUCAACGGUGAAAACUGUGGGUAGGAAUGGAAGUGGCGGCGAAAAUACAGCUAACCUCGAGAUGAAGUUGAAGAAGGUCUCUGAAGCAUAUACGGAUUUGAGAUCGAAACAUGAAGAAUUGAUAAAAGAGCACGCAAAGCUUUUAGAUAAAAUGGAGCAGUGA